UUGUGACCAACAUUCCUGACUAUCAGGAAGAUUUCUCGGUUUAAAGUGACGAACAGCGACAGGGAAGGAACUGUGAAGUUCUGGUGGAGAAAAGGUUUUUAUCUGACGCUAAACUCUGGAUUUUAAUGACAUGGUAGAGAAGCUCUGGUACCAUUCAGCAUUAACACAGUCAUGGCUCACUCGUGAUAGGCGGGUGAUGGAGUGUCUCUGGUGAAGAUCCAGUUUGAUGAGCACCACAUUUCUGAAUCACUCAGCAGUAAUGGCUGAGACUCAACACAUCGAGAGCUCAUGCUGCAGUUGUUUCUUCUUGUACGAUCGAUCUAAAGUUCAGGAGGAAGGAGAUCUGACUCGCGCUGGCAUCUGCUACUAUUACCCUGAACAUACUCCGUUGGAUCAGCAGGAGCUGGUGUGUGGUCAGUUGGCUGGUGUGAGUCGAUGUGUGUCAGAGAUUUCAGCAUCUCCCGUCCGUCUGCUCCGUCUGCGCAGGAGCAAAUAUGCAAUCCGCAUGAGAGACGACUUCCUCUGGGCUCUGAGCUGUAUCAGUGAUCUCCCGGAUGUCAGUCUGUGUGCUUUCCUGGAUCAGUUGAUUGAUCUGUUCUGUUUUUAUAACGGAUCGGUGCGUCGCACUUAUCAGCUCCACACUCAGGAGGAAAUGGCUGUACGAUGGGCUCGCUAUCUCUCCCACCUGCAGGGUGGCGCUACUGAGCUGCACCACAUCUUCACCUGCCUCACACCCACCGAUUGCACACAUAUUGACCCUUUGUUGUUGCUAAAGGCUGCACUGAUCCUGCAGGCGUGUCAGCGCUGCCCCCUGGUGUUAGCAGGCUGUAUUCUCCAUCGUGGCAGAAUGGUGAGCACACAGAUGUCUCCAGAGCUUACGAUGAAAGUGAUGGUGCACGAAGCAGAGACCUAUCGGUUACAGGAACAGAAGAAGCAAUCCAGUAGAAGGAGCUCAUUUGUGUCCACGGCCCAUUCCAGCACGACCACCACACCUGUGUUCCUGACACCUUCUGAACUUCAUAUGCUGCGCCGCCCUCUAGUGGGCAACUCUGUGUCCUGCAGGUCUGAAUCUCCUGAACGACCCGUGAAGCCCCGCCUCCUUUCUCGCACACUCUCUGACACGCCAAUCACCGACCCGUCAUCCAGUCAGAUGCUGGCGUCCUCCCCUGACUCCUCCCUCUCUGAUGAUGCGAGCUUUAGCCUGUGCCCCUCGUUAGCGAGCACGCCGUUUCGCGCCAGCAUAGCGAGCCAGCCAGGAGAAGAAGAUGCCACCGAGUCACACGACCGCUCCAUGGCCGGGGAAAUGCUUUUGUUCGAGGGUUUAGCACCACCAGGAGGUAAAGGUGAGAACAGCAAGCAGGGUGAUGAUCUCAGUGCCGGCAGCGAGGACGAGAAUCUCCAAGCUUUGAGAGACACCCGUGAGAGGAAGGGGGAAGGGGCGGGGCUAGAGGAUUACAUCAUAGCGAAGAGAAGCAUCAGAGAGGAGUGUGUGAAGGUGUGUGAGCAGAGUGAUGUGGUUCUCGAGCCCAUGCUGCUGUAUGAGCACCGGGUCAGAGGACUCGUUCUCUUACUGCUGGUGGAACACGACUUCGACGCACACCCUAACGCCAAGCAGGAAGUGCACAGCAGUCUGGCAUCUCUGAACGGACUUGAAGCUCACCUGAGGACAAUCCCACCUGCAACUGAGACCCCUACAGCACCGUACACUUUUGCCCACUAUGAUCGCAUCCAGAACACACUCACUACGAACAUGUAUGGCCGUGCCACAGGAGCUCAGGAACGCCUGUUUGUGAAAGCCACAGCCCUGCUACACUCACACUUCUCAAACGAGGACAUGCUGCAGGAAGCCAUUAUCAGGAGUGCCAGCUGUGCUCUCUAUGCCACUCGUACUGCAGCUCAGGAGACCUUCUUUGUCCAGCAGGGGGCGCCUACAAGGAAUUCUGGGAUCCCACACAGCCAGGACAGCGCCUUCUCUCUGCCCAGUAAAGCUCGACAUCGCCUACUCAAACAUGGAGUCAAACUGCUCUGAGCUUUAAACACUGCCCCUGUAGUGCCUGUGCACCAUGUAGGGCAUGGAGACCUUACACACUCUGUGUGUGUGUGUGUGUGUGUGUGUGUGUGUGUGUGUCUGCUGUACAUUGUGUACACUCCAAGACUGCUAACAUUCCUCCUAACACAUUCUUCAGAUUAUACAAUGUACUUUUUUGCAUUUAUUGUAGUGUUACAUGUUACGUGUGUGUGUGUGUGUGUGUGUGUGUGUGUGUGUGUGUGUGUGUGAAUAAGGGUACUGUAAGGGUGGUUAAGGGUACUCACAUCUGCAGUUCAGUCCCUUUAUCACCCCAAGAGUGUGAAAGCAUGUUGUUGUUUAACAGAUUUGUAUUUAAUGAUGAAUAAAGGUGAUGUUUGUAGUAUAAA